AAUUGUACUCAAAUUUGAAAUAUUCUUAACUGAACCAAUUGGAAGAUAUAUAAAACUUGAAUGGUUUAACUCUGAAAACCUAAUCUAAACCUGAAGAAGAGAUACUUGUAUGUUAUAUCUAAAGAAGCUUUGCACUUUCCGUUUUUAUGAAAUUAGGCCCAAACUUUAUAAAGUAACAACUUAAUGUGUUUCAGUUUAUAAUUUAUCUCGAUUUGGCUGUAAAACUAAAAGAGAAAAAGUGACAGAGGUUGUUACACAAAAGCGGCACCGGCCGACAUGAACUUCUCCGGGAAAUAGACUUGUCAAAGCGCGUACAGUGCACAGCAAUAUCCACUGUUGUCUGCUACUCUCAAUCAAACAUAAAGUUAAAGGACAAAAAAAAAAGAAGAAGCUGAAUUUAUAUUUCUUUUUUGACUUGAGUUAGUUUCAAAUCGUAGAUCCCGCUCUGUUUUUUGUUCACACCUUUUGUCACUCUCCAUAUCUCAAACAGAACAAAAAGCAAAGCAAACAGAAAAAGUUAUUUUCUUUAUACGUUACACUCAGUUUAGUUUUGAGAACACUGACACAAUAGGCAUAGAUAGAACCAUGAAGAUAAAGUCAUCGUCUUCUUCUUCGCUCUCACUCGCCUCAAAGACUCAUUCUUUCGGCUGUAUCUCUCUGUUUCUUCAAAGAUUCCUCUGUUCCGGUGCUUCUUCUACGUACCCGUCUGAUCAUAUCACUGAACCGGGGUUCGAGUCUCCUGAGUUCGCCGAUGAACCAGCUAGAGUCAGAGGAGGUGAGCCAGGAGCUGUGGCGAGGCUCAUGGGUUUGGAUUCGAUUCCCGUAACUGACAAAACCAGAGUUCUCUCAAGGAGCCGUUCGGUGAAUUCUGUUAGGGAUGACGAUGAGAUUCAAGGAAAGCAUAGAAGAGCUAAGUCCACUCUGGAGUAUGUUGAGCUCGAAGACGACAACUUCUUCAUUCUCAGCUUCGAGAAAGGGAGAGAUGAUAAGGUUCCUGGAGAGCUAAAGCAGCUGGUGGGAGCAAGAAAAUAUAAGAAGAGACGAGAAACUAGAGAGCAUCAAACACACGCAGAGGGUAAAGAGAACGACAUGGACGUUUCACCAGGACGGGAGAGGCUUGAGGCUGGAGAACUGAAGCAGCGUAGAAAGGAGAAACGUAAGAACAUGAGAAAAAGAAGAGAAAUUAAGUUGAGACAGAACAUCAAGAACUAUGGAGACUUAGACAACUGCGAAGUAAAAUCAAUGAAGGAGGAAAAAGAAGAAGAGUGUAGAAGCUGCGAUGACUCGAGCCCUGUUUCGGUUCUCGAUUAUGUUCGAAUAACUCCGGAACCAGAGAACACUUCAAGAAGACGGUUAUCUUCAGUACUCGAAACUAGUAAGAGCAACGUAACAGUUCAAGAAGAUCACAGAUCAAGAGUGUCUGAAAUCGCAGUUCAUGGCGACCAAGAGAUGUGGCUCAUGAUUUGCAGACUCACUGUAUCCGAGCUUGAAGAGUCAAACUCGGUUUACAGAAAAGCUUCAAAGCUUGGAGAUUUGGAAGGAAGAAGCAUAAGCGAAGAUAUAGCCUCAAACAUUUUAGAUCAACUCUUAGAAGAAACAGUUAUAACACUUUCCCUAAAUCCACAAGUGUAAAUAUAUUUUCUAUCUUCCAGUAAUAACAUUACUACUAAA